CCGCCCGGCCCCGCCCGCGUCUUUGCCCGGCCUGCUGCGGCCGGGACAGGAGCUCGGCGGGGAGCUGGCUGCGCGAUGCCGGGGCGGCGGAAGCGACACGGAAUCUGGAAACUUGAAGUGAAAGAGAAGCUACAAACUCUUUGAUAAAUGGAAGCCAUGAAGAUAUCAAAGCGGUUCUACGCUUUUGGGAUUUUAGCCUGUAUAGCCAUUUAUGUGGCUUAUAUAAAAUGGCACAUGGAUUCCAAACCGAUGUCGGGUGUAACAGAUGGGACAACAGAAAACAAGGGAGACAAACUAGACCAUCAGACCUCGGCAGCAGAUCUUUCUGUGUUUUAUGGAAUUAUGUUUGAUGCUGGGAGCACUGGGACACGAAUCCAUAUUUUUAAGUUUACACAGAAGUCAAAAGAAACUCCAAAAUUAACCCAUGAAACAUUCAAAGCAUUGAAACCAGGACUGUCUGCUUAUGCUGAUGAUGUUGAUAAGAGUGCCCAGGGGAUACAAGAACUUCUAGAUGUAGCCAAGAAAGAAGUUCCUGUGGAACUGUGGAAAUUCACUCCUUUGGUCCUUAAAGCAACAGCUGGUUUACGGCUGUUACCAGGAGAAAAAGCUCAGAAAUUGCUGGAUAAGGUAAAAGAAAUAUUUCAGGCAUCUCCUUUCUUCGUGAGGGACGAUUGUGUAUCCAUCAUGAACGGAACUGAUGAAGGAGUGUCAGCUUGGAUCACAAUAAACUUUUUAACAGGUAACUUAAACGUUCCAAGAAAGAGAAGUGUCGGUAUGUUGGACUUGGGAGGUGGCUCUACUCAAAUCACAUUUCUUCCAAGUUCUAAGACAACCCUCCAGACAUCACCAGCUGGCCAUCUGGCUGCUUUCCAAAUGUUUAACAACACCUACAAACUCUACUCCUACAGUUACCUGGGACUCGGGUUAAUGUCGGCAAGGCUCGCAAUAUUAGGAGGAGUUGAGGGAAAACCCUUAAAGGAGGGUGAGGAGCUAAUUAGCUCUUGUCUGUCACCUGGCUUCAAAACUGAGUGGGAACAUGCUGAAAUCGUGUACAGAGUUAAAGGGCAGAAGGCAGGGGAGCCUCUGUACGAGUCUUGUUCUAACAAAGUAGCCAAAAUGCUCUACAAGAAAGUGUACAAAGCAGAAGAAGUGAAGGACUUGGAUUUUUAUGCUUUCUCCUAUUACUAUGACUGUGCAGCAGAAGUCAGCCUCAUUGACAAGGAAAAAGGAGGUAGCUUAACAGUCAGUGAUUUUGAAACUGCAGCCAAGUAUGUGUGUAAGACCAUGGAGGUCAGUCCCGGAGACAAUCCUUUCCUCUGUAUGGACCUGACCUACAUCAGUGUGCUGCUGCAGGAGCUGGGCUUCCCAAAGAGCCAGGUGUUUAAGCUCGCCCGAAAAAUUGAUGACAUUGAAACAAGCUGGGCUUUGGGAGCAACGUUUCAUUAUAUUGACUCACUCAACAGGCUGCAGUAUUAAGGCUUCUUAGUCCCGAUUCUCAAAAGUGGCCUUUGAGAAUCACAAGAGUUGGGAGCCCAAUGCGAGUUGCCUGAACAGGCACCCUUUUUGCUGAUCAGACUCUUUAAAAAAGACUUUCCGAAGCUGAGCAAUCAACACCACUAGCUAUUUCAGGCAAUGCAGAUCAUGGCAGCUAAACAUUUGACCCUUGACCUUAUAGCAUCCUCAGAACAUUCAAUAUGAAACCAGUUCAUCAAGAAACUUUAGAAUUUGCUGUGAGACUUGACUCACAAAGCUGCUACAAUCUCUAUGAGAAAAAUACACCUUUACAGCACAUGCCAACAUCACUUUUGAUCACACUAUGCUGACAUUGAUGUUAGAAAUAGCCACUGCAGAUGGGACUCUCUUAUUGUUCUGAAUUGAAAACAUAUUUUGGUUAAUGGUCCUCAGUGAAUUUUAAUAAUUUAAGUAUUUUAAAAUUAAUUUGUGUGUGUAUAGGUGAUGCCUUUGUAUAGCCAAACUGCCAGCAGGAGAAGCUGUUGGCUUUGAAAUAUAGCUUGGGAUACUUGAUUCUGCUGGAAUAAGGUGGAGAUUUUUUGCUUCCUUGGAGUGUAGUGGCAGAGCAGCUAAGGAGUUCUGCUGCAGUUCUGGAAGUGUGAGUUCAAUCUCUCCCCUGGACUCAUGCUAAAGACUACUGUAGCUGUAAAUAGGGAUUUGGUUUUUCAGGCUGGGGAAUCAAAGAUGGCCAGAUAUGAUGUCAGCUGCAUUGCUCUGUUGGCAGCAGAAACUGGCAUACCUUGGGCAUGCUAGCCUGGGGUGCCCAGAUGAACCUUCCUUUUGCACCCCAUUCCAGCAAAGUGUUGGGAUAUUGUGCAGAUGACAAGCACAUGCUUAAAAGAUCGUUAUAGUCUAUGGGAGGCCUUUGACUCUGAAGUGCUUUAAGUAGUUGCUGUUGAAAGUGAGGUUGAUUGAACUUCAUGUCAGUCCUCACCUGCAGUGUGGCUUGACUGGAGCUAGGGGAGGUGGGGAGAUUGUCAGGGAGCUUCUGCAGAGCAUACCAUUUCUUCUACCCACCCCCCACAAUAAGAAGCAUUUGAAAGACAAAUCCUGUCUUGUCCUAGGGGAAGGUUUUGGAGGACUCUACAAAGGCCACCCUGGUUGUCCUUCUGCUUGUGGCUCCCUUGGUUUGGAUUCCCUGACAUACUGGUAUUAAUCACACUAAAACAGAGUUAAUGGUAAAAGUGGGACUCCAUAGAACAGGGCAGUCAAUCUUCUAAGCAGCAACCUUCUAUACACCUGUAUGCUGCACCAGGACAAGCCAUGGGCUUUUUUGGGCUGCACACCAUGUAUUUCCCCCCCCCCCCACCCCACCACUUCUCCCCUCCCCACCCCUCACACACAUAUACCACGCCUGCAUGGCCCCAGAUUUACCCCCAGCCUCCUUGACCAUACCACACUGCACUGCCCCACCCCCAAGAAUGGAGGCUGGUUGAGGGAGUGGGAGCCCAGAGACUGCUAUUGCAGCUGGAGCGAUGCAGGGAAUGGUGGCUGGGUGGGAGCCCCGGGGCCAUGUCUUACCCCUCACGGUCUGCAUGCAGCCCUUGGGCUGCUACUUGAAUAGCCCUGCCCUAGAACAAUGUGACUGGAAGAGAAUGGGAUCUUCAGUAGUGGAAGGGGAAGGCAGGGUUAGUACAUGUGCCUGUCUAUUGAUAGUAGUACUUCAGUAGGCAUAGUUCUUUGUUAAUGAAUGUGACGCACAAAACAAGCCCUGAACAUGGCUUAGCAGGGGAUUUAGACAGGCUUGGAGUGAGUGGCUUUAUAAGGCUUAGAUGCAGCCCAGAGAGAAUGAUUAUCAAAUGGUGCCAUGAGAGCCACCUGCUCACAGGCACCAUCUUAGAAAUGAAUGUACUGAUGGUGCACUGAGUGUGGGCUGCAGAAGGUGGAGCUGUCACAAGGCAGAGCAAAGGUGCUCGGUACCUAGAAAGCAAAAUUUUUAUCCAUGUACUGUACAGAAAGUGAAGGCUGUCUGUUAAUUUCAGUGUGGAAUAGAUAAAUGAUCUGUCAGCUCACUGUUAUAUAACUAUCCUAAGUAAUAAAUUGUGUUAUUAUGUACUUAGUAUAGAACUGUCUUUUUAGAAUAUAGGAGGGCAUGAUCAAAGUCACCAGGAGUCUUCCAAGGACUUUGGAUCAGACCCUAAUUAGGUACAGAUACAUCAUCUGUGCCUGGGAAGCACAAAUGUAAUGUCAAAUUAGGUGGGGAAACUAACCCAGCCCUCAGAUUUUUAUUUUUUUAGAAGCAUUACUGUGAUUGUCGCUGGCUUUUCAUGGGGGCAGCAUGUAUGUGAAUGUAUACUGGGUAUUUGAAAAUUAUUUUGUUGACAAUAAAACUUUAAUUACAAAUGA